AAUUUCAAUUAGAGCAAUGUAUUGAGAAGGAAUAUCAACGGUGACAACACGGUGAUAACAAAAUUUAAGACAGCUGCUGCACUUACUUAUUUACCUACCAACUGUUAGUGCCUAUUAAAGCGCCAAUAAAAGUUUUACAAUUGGCGGCAUCAAUCGAUCACAAUUUUAAAGCGCAACACACGCGAUGGUCGUAUUACUGCCAAGUGAAACAAUUAUAAAUAAUUUUCACACCUGAAAAUUUCGCAGUCAGUUUAGAGUUCUCUCUCUAAUAAGUAGGAAACAUUUUCUUAAUACAGUGGUUAAUCUGCGAGAUUGUAGUGCUGCUAGUGCUUUCAGUGCAAUUUCAAAUUGCUUUACGAAAAAAAAAGGAGAAUUGCUAGAGAUUUGCGCGUGUGCAUAUGAAUCGAUUUUUCUAUUCAUUCACUAAAUGAUUUCCAUCAAUUUUUCAUUGGUUUGAUGUAGUUAUCAGAAAGGGGAGAAUUUUUUUGAAAAAUUCAAGGACUAUGGUCGAUAAUCUUGGGUUGUGUUUUUGGGAUAAGCGUGCGAUUCUAGUGGUCAGAAAAGGCAUUUUGUUAUCAACCGAUGACCUUUUACAACAAUAUCAUCAGCAGCAAUCGCGAUGGAAAUAAAAAAAAAAUUAAGAUUUUUUGGGAAAGGUAUGGAAAUAAAUAGAAAAAGUUAUGGACUGUUUGCCUACUUGUUAUUCGGAGUAACAGUGACAAUAAUGCUCUUUUCUUAUUCAAAUUUAGAUGUAACAGUACCGUAUUUCAUAAAGCCAAGCGCGUUUUUCAUAGAUUCAACAAAUUCUCCAGGUGUUCUUAGUGCUUUAUUUAAUUUAAGCUUAGUGCAACUUUUAGAUCAACAUUUAAAGUUUCUCGUACGCAAUUCGAAAUGUGCCAUUCCCGAUUUAGAUAUUUGGGACGUUCAGGUGAAACCAUUGAUAAGUAAACUUUCUUAUUUUUUCUGUACCAAAGAUCGCCUUCUUACUUACAUAGUUAAAGAAAACAACGAAACUAAAAUCAAAAUUGAUACUUCAGCUAAAUGCUACAAAAAGGAGGUUGAAUGUUGUGCCAGCACCAUAAACAGAGUAACAGAAAAUGACUUCAGCUUAUCGAGAUGUGAAAAAUUCAAGGAGGAACUAUCGGUGAAUUCUUCGGUUUUCGUAAAAUGUUACAAUCGGAAAUCGAAAAAAACGAUGUACAAAAACGUUCACGCAAUUAUAAAUCCAAAAGACGUUUACCAGAAAAUGAAAGACUCGAAAUUCUCGAACGGCACGGUAAAUCCCCUGAGUGUUCUUAUCAUAUCAAUAGAUAGUGUAUCUAGAAUGCAUUCCCAUAGAGCUUUACCAGAAACGAGAAAGUUUUUAGAAAAAAACGGCUGGAUAGAAUUGAUGGGAUAUAAUAAAGUAGGUGAAAAUACAUUUCCUAACGUGAUGGCAAUACUAACUGGUUUGAACGAAAGUGCAAGUUAUAAAGAUUGCAAUCCUACCAAGCUGGGCUGUUUAGACAAAUGCAACAUGGUUUGGUACGACUACAGAAAGCUGGGAUACAUCACGGCAUACGCUGAAGAUCAAAUGAGUUCCAGUACCUUUAAUUACCAUAAAAAAGGCUUCGAAAAUCCACCGACUGACUACUAUUUUCGACCGUAUAUGAUUGCUGCUGAAAAAGAACUCAAAGCCGUUUGGAAAGAUGGCAUGGUUUAUUGCACAGGUCCCGAGACUUCUGGAGAAAGAAUCCUUAACAUUGCCAAAGAUUUCAUCUCAACAUUCCGCGAAAAUCCGUAUUUCGGUUUGUUCUGGAUGAAUACCUUCAGCCAUAACGCGUUAAAUUCCGUUUCACGGAUGGACGCCAAAUUAAAAACUUUUUUAUCGGAAAUUUCAAAUAAUAAAUCUUUAGACAAUACCAUAACGAUAUUUCUGAGCGACCAUGGCAUGCGAUUCGGUGACAUACGUUACACGAGAGCGGGAUGGUACGAAGAUAAGUUACCAUUUUUCUUCAUUCGUUUACCACCGUGGUUCAAAAACAAAUUCGCCAACGAAUAUUCUUCUCUUCGACAGAACAUAAAUCGACUUACAACCCCUUUCGAUCUUCAUCAGACUUUGAAGCAUAUUUUGGUGUUGUCGGGGAAAAAUUAUACCAGUGAACCGGGCAUUUCGUGCCCAGACUGCAGGUCCUUGUUUACUCCCGUUCCACAGGACCGUUCCUGUGACGACGCUGGAAUCCCCAGGACGUGGUGUACCUGUUAUCAUGCCAAAGAAAUGGACACUGAAGAACCCAUAGUACAAUUAGCUGGGAAAUAUAUUGUAGACGUUAUAGAAAACUGGAAGAAGAACGCCGGGACAGAGGCAGAAAAAUGCGAAACUUUUACAUUAAGUAAGGUUAUCACCGCUCUCGCUUUUACUACCGAAAAUUACAUGUAUGUCGGUAUUAAAACGUCACCAGAAGCUAUUUUUGAGGCCCCCGUCGUCGUAAAAGGUAAUAAAACCCAUCCCCAGCUCGAAACCAGUAUCGAUCAUAUACUACGAAUCGACUUUUAUGGGAAACAAACGUGCACUCACGAACUUGAAAUUAAAAAGAGAUGCGUUUGUAAGUAGCAAGUAAUGUGACAAUUACAUUUCCAUUAUAUCAGUAUUAAAUCACAAAAACAUAUCGCACGCCGUAAAUAAAUUCAUUGAUAACUAUAUUUAUGUGUUCGGCAGCAAUUUCGCUAACGAUCGUCAUCUUUAUAAAGAAAUAAAACAAAAAGAUAUCGCUUUUUUGCGUUAAUUUGGUAAAGUCCAGUUGAAGUCGUUUACGUGGUGAAUGUGAAAAAUGGUGCUAUCUUGCCAAAAAGUUUGCAGAUAUUAAUAAAUAAUAAGUAUCUACUACAUAUAUACACUUACGACAUAUUAUAUAUUUUUUAUUCGGCAAUUAUACUUAUUAAACAGUUGAAAAGAGAAAUGAUGCCUCUAAAUUGUUUAGAGUUUACGACAAAAGCAUUUUCGACACACAAGUGUGCCAAAUUGAAAUGUGAUAAAAAAGAAUUACUCGAAAGCAAUCUUUGGAUUUCCUUAAUGAUAGUGAUAGGAUGAAAAUUAAAAUGUGCUGUCAUAUAUACAUGAAAUGCAAAUUAUUGUUAUUGAAAUUAAUGUUUCAAUAGAAAAAAGUACCAGUAGGUAGUUUAUUUACUUAGCGAUAGAGUAGAUUAAUUGUUUAAUACUUAAUUAAACAAUAUUUGUUAUUGCUAUGUGAUUUAAUGCCCUUUUUAGAUACAUAUCCAAAAAGAAACUCUUAUUUGUCUUUUAAAUGAAUUGUUUUUUUAUUAUAUUUUUGAAAAUAUAAAUAAAUUUUUUAAAUAUUU